UUUGCUGUAGCGCAGUACAAAGAUGGCCAAGAGAAAAUAUUUAAAGGAUACGAAGCAUGUCAUGAAUUCUGCUCUUGGCUGUUUACAACAGUGCACAAAAAUUACACUGUUAUUGCACACAAUAUGAAGGGAUUUGACGGUCAGUUUAUAAUGGCAUGGCUUUUAGAACAGGGUACGGCACCUGAAGUAAUCCCUAAUGGCUCUAAAGUGAUGGUAAUCACCCAUACCGCCCUCAACAUAAAACUUAUUGAUUCUUUUAAUUUCCUGCCGAUGGCUCUCUCAAAGCUGCCUGCUUGUUUCGGCCUUACAGAACUAAAAAAAGGAUAUUUUCCGCACCUUUUCAACAAGAAAGAAAAUCAAAAUUAUGUGGGAUUUUUACCUGAGCCUAAGUACUACAAUCCUGAUUGUAUGACUAGUGCGGUGCGAACCUCCUUUUUGGAAUGGCAUAAAGAACACGAGAAGGAUAUAUUUGAUUUCCAAGAAGAAAUUCUCACGUAUUGCCGAUCAGAUGUUGAUAUCCUUCGUAGAUGUUGCGUUGAAUUUAGAAAUCAGUUUUUAGAAAUUACAGGAGUAGACCCCUUUUGUUACAUAACCAUUGCAUCAGCGUGUAUGGCGGUUUACAGAUCCCGACACAUAAUACCUAAUACCAUCGCAAUGAUACCUGUAGGAGGUUAUAUCAAUCGCACGAAUCAUAGUCCUGACUGUAUUCGUUGGCUUGAUUUUAUUGCCCAAAAAGAGAGCAUUGAAAUCGAACACGCUUUGAACGGAAAAGGAGAAAGACGAUUGGAUGGUAUAUCUGUAGACGGAUAUUGCAAAGAAACAAAUACUGUUUAUCAAUACUACGGAUGUUUCUUUCACGGUUGCUCCACCUGUUUUGACGGAGAUGCACUCCACCCCAUAACAAAAUUACCCAUGUCGACAUUGCGACAACAAACGGUAGACAAGACUUACCAGCUACGUGAUCGAGGGUAUAAUGUAAUUGAAAUGUGGGAGCAUGAGUUUGAGAUGAAAAAGAAAACAGAUGAAAAAGUAAAAUAUUUUCUUCUAAGUCACGAGCUUCAGGAUCGAUUGAAUCCUAAAGAUGCUUUCUUCGGCGGGCGGACAAAUGCCAUUCAGCUGUAUUAUGAGGGUGAUGCAAAGUAUGUGGAUUUCACUUCACUGUAUCCAUGGGUCAAUAAAUACUGUUUGUACCCCGUCGGACACCCUAAUAUUAUUACUGAAAAUUUUGAUGCCUUGGAAAACUAUUUCGGUAUUAUAAAGUGCCGAAUACUGCCUCCUCGAGGUUUAUAUACCUCCCCGUAUUGCCGUACAGAGCACAAAAUAAACUGA